GGCGGCGGUCACGUGAUCCGGGCGGCCCGGAAAGAUCCGAGGAGGAGCUCCGCCGCCGCCAUUUUCCUGCGGCGCCCAGCGUGUGUCCCCCUGUACCCGGGCGAGCGGAAGGCGCGAGGGGGAGGGGACGGCGGCUGGGGGAGGGGGGUGGGAGGAGGAGGGGUCCCUGCUCGGGUGACAGGUCCGUCCCUGAGGGCGGAGCGGGGGCCGCCUGCGGCACGGCGGGGUGAGGGAGCCGUGCGAGCUCCAUCCCCCGGCUAGUCCUCCCGUCCCGUCCCGGCCCCUGAGGAGGCAGCGGAGCCGCACUCGCUGCUAGCGCCGCCAGCGCCCGCCAUGUCCGGCCAAAGCCUCACCGACCGCAUCACGGCAGCGCAGCACAGCGUGACCGGCUCGGCUGUCUCGAAAACCGUCUGCAAGGCCACGACCCACGAGGUCAUGGGGCCCAAGAAGAAGCACCUGGACUAUUUAAUCCAGUGCACAAAUGAGAUGAAUGUGAACAUCCCACAACUGGCAGACAGUUUGUUUGAAAGAACUACCAACAGUAGCUGGGUAGUGGUCUUCAAAUCUCUCAUCACAACCCAUCAUCUAAUGGUGUAUGGAAAUGAGCGUUUUAUCCAGUAUCUGGCGUCCAGAAACACGUUGUUUAAUUUGAGCAAUUUCCUAGACAAAAGUGGAUUGCAAGGGUAUGACAUGUCAACAUUUAUCAGGCGGUAUAGCAGGUAUCUGAAUGAAAAGGCAGUUUCCUAUAGACAGGUGGCUUUUGACUUCACAAAAGUAAAAAGAGGGGCUGAUGGAGUGAUGAGAACAAUGAGCACAGAAAAACUCCUAAAAACUGUACCAAUUAUACAAAAUCAAAUGGAUGCACUUCUGGAUUUCAAUGUCAAUAGCAAUGAACUUACAAAUGGUGUAAUUAAUGCUGCCUUCAUGCUGCUCUUCAAAGAUGCCAUCAGACUGUUUGCAGCUUAUAAUGAAGGAAUUAUUAACCUGUUGGAAAAAUACUUUGAUAUGAAAAAGAACCAGUGCAAAGAAGGCCUUGAUAUAUAUAAAAAGUUCCUCACUAGAAUGACACGGAUCUCAGAGUUCCUCAAAGUUGCAGAGCAAGUCGGAAUUGACAGAGGAGACAUACCAGAUCUUUCCCAGGCACCGAGUAGCCUUCUGGAUGCUCUGGAACAACAUUUAGCUUCUCUUGAAGGAAAGAAAAUCAAAGAUUCCACAGCUGCAAGCAGGGCUACCACCCUUUCCAAUGCAGUCUCUUCCCUUGCAAGCACCGGCCUGUCCCUUACAAAAGUUGAUGAAAGGGAAAAACAAGCUGCGUUAGAGGAAGAGCAGGCUCGUUUAAAAGCUUUAAAGGAACAACGUCUAAAAGAACUUGCAAAGAAACCUCAUACCUCGUUAACAACUGCAGCUUCUCCUGUGUCAACUGCAGCAGGAAGCAUAAUGACUACACCAGCCAUUGAUAUUUUUUCUACUCCAAGCUCCUCAAACAGCACAUCAAAGCUGCCAAAUGAUCUGCUUGAUUUGCAGCCAACUUUUCAUCCAUCUGUGCAUCCUAUAUCUGCUGCUCCACAAGUAGGAAGUACCUGGGGAGAUCCUUUUUCUGCUACUGUUGAUAGUGUUGAUGAUGCCAUUCCAAACCUAAAUCCUUUCCUUACAAAAACUAACGAUGCUGCUCAUCUGUCUGUGUCUUCUGAUGUAUCCACUUUCACCAGUAGGACACCCACACAUGAAAUGUUUGUUGAUCAUUACAAUCCAUUUACUGAACUAAAUCCCUUUGUGGCAACCAAUUAUGAAUCCACUGUUGGGCUCUAUCGUUAUACUUCAGAUUCUUUUUGUGGUCCUCAAGCUUACCCUAAUGCUUCUCAUUUCUGCAAUGAGCCUUCUUCUGUAGCUGGUCUAUUUGGAGGGUUCACUCCUUCUCCUGUUGCUCAACCGCAGCCAUCAGCUGGCCUUAAUGUUGACUUUGAGUCUGUGUUUGGAAACAAGUCUUCUAAUGUUGUUCUAGAUUCUGGUGGUUUUGAUGAAUUAGGUGGUCUCCUAAAACCAACAGUGGCCUCCCAAAACCAGAGUCUUCCAGUUGCCAAAGUACCACCUAACAAAUUAGUGUCAGAUGAUCUGGAUUCAUCUUUAGCCAAUCUUGUAGGCAAUUUGGGCAUUGGAAAUGGAACUACUAAAAAUGAUGUAAAUUGGACUCAGCCAGGUGAAAAGAAACUAACAGGUGGUUCCAACUGGCAACCCAAAAUUGCACCUACCACUGCAUGGAAUGCGCCAACAUUGAAUGGCAUGCAUUUUCCACAAUACGCACCACCUGUAAUGGCAUACCCUGCUACAACCCCAACAGGAAUGAUGGGCUAUGGGAUGCCAUCACAGAUGGGAGGUAUACCAGUAAUGACACAGCCAACUUUAAUAUACAGUCAGCCAGUCAUGAGACCACCAAACCCUUUUGGCCCUGUACCAGGAGCACAGCUGUCUGCAGCAUCCAGCCCUUCCAGUCAGAGUCCUCACAGAGCCUCAGGAAAGGAUCCCUUUGCAGAGCUCUCUCUCCAGGAUUUCUUGUAGAACAACUUAGAUUCAGUUUAUGUAACUGUUAGAUGGAAGAGAAAGGAACAGUUCCAAAAAGAUGUGCUCACCAGUAAACCCUACUUCCAGGAAAAAAUGAACUUCAGUCUUUCAAACUCUCCUCUUCCAUUAAAUGAUGCAGUAAAAUGAUGAAGACCAAUGAAGGAACCUGGGACAAUUCCAUAGGGAAGCAUCAGUACACAGUAUGAAGCCAAGAAUUGCCAUGAAUUAAGACUAAGAUCUGUUUUUUGGCCUGGUGACUAAUACAUCAGUACUUUCAGCUUCUAAUAAUAUCCAUAAUCAGUAACAUAUAAAGAGAAGCCUUUAUUCUGGAAAUUAAGAUUGGUAUUUGGAAAUGCUUUCUGGAAUGGAGAUGUCCUUUACCGUAACUUAAAAUAAGACUUUGGGGAGGGGAGGGUCAAAUCCUAACUCUUAAUUCUGCAGUUACCUUUUCUUCAGUCCUCACAAAUGUAGGCACAGCAGUAACGGAAAUUAACUUUUUUUUAAAAUUAUAUAUUCAGUUUGCAGUAGACAUUCCUUAUGUAUUAUUGUUUGUAUUUAUUUAUGAUUAUCAAUUUAACAUUAAUAUUGUAUCAAAAAACCUCCUUAUGAAAAUGAGUAUGGAUGUAUACAGUAUGUCUGAUUUUUAUCCACAAAGAAUGAAUCUGAUUCAGAAUGCUUUUCAGCUGACAUACAGAGCACUAAAUAUUUUAAAGGUCUGAAUCUAAUGAAUUCUCAGUAUAUAUGGGAAUUAGGGAAGAGCUGUAAAAUGCAUUAAUCCUUAUAGUCAAUUCUGUGCCUAGGAUUUUGCAAGGGAACAGUUAACUGACUAGAAGAAGCACUACAUUUUUAAUUCAGCAUCAGUGCAUUGGGAAGGAACUUUAUUGCUUUGUGCUUGGCAUGUCAUUAUUUUUACAUUUGACAUUAUAAGGCCUUUCCAAAAUGAAUGUGAGGGAUUGCUUUCACUUUAAGACUUUCCUUCUUUACUGUAAAAAUUGAGGUAUUAUGUGGGGGGGAGGGGGGAGCCUUUUCAUUUGGCUAGUGCCAUGUUUAUGAUCAUGUACCUUUUAAAAGUAAAAAAGGGGAAGUAGCUUCCUUACAUAUGUCUAGUGGGAAUCUAGUUAAUGAAUUAAAGUAGCACUGUUGAUCGGUGCUUUGUGUAAAUACAUCAUAACUUUUGGGUGGAGAGGGGUCUUCAGAAGGAUAGUCAGUAAUAUGAAAGCAAUUCUGUACAUGAAUUAAGCAUACUUGCUGCAUUGUCUCUGCAGAUUCUAUUUUUGUUUAAAAUAUUAAAAUGUAUGUUAGCAAAAAUGGGUGGAUUUUCAAAUAAAAUGCAGCUUCCACAGAACUUUUGUUACGGUAUGAAAGUCUAAGGUGCUUCUUUUCUUUUUGCUGCUUAAAAUGUGCACUGAUUGCUUUGUUUACUUAAUAAAAUACCAAAUGUAUUUCA